UACCCUCCUCUCCUCCAUCAUCUCUCCCACUCCCUCCCCUCCGCGAGACGUCGGUAAGGAAGUGACGCCGGCCUCGUCUCAGGUGUGGGGGAGGCGGAGCGCCAGGUGCGCGUAGCUAACCCCUCCCUGCUCCCUGCUCCCUCCCACGCCCCCUGCUCCCUCACCCCCCCACAUCUGGACAAAGACCCACAAACAGCCUAGUCUCAUCACAACCGCGCCAACACGCGUCUCUCAGUCCUCGUCUCUCGCCCACGCUCCUCGCUAAUCCCCUGGGUCGCGCCUCUGUCUUUCUCGCCGAGCCGCGGUCGUUGAGUCGUGGUGGAGUCCACUUCGAUCCCAACACUCGUGUGUACCUUGCCCACUCCCCCCCCCCCCACCACGCCGCCUCUCCACUCGUCCUCUGUCCAUCCCGGGGUCGCCCUCGGGGUCAACCUCCCCUCCUCAGGGUCACCCCCACCACUCCACGCAGAGGACAUCGGCCCGCGAUGAGAGAACGAUGGCCACGGCGCAAGGCGGAAUCGACUCGGGCCGUCGCAUCGGCCGCUGCGCGACGUCCUUCUGGCUCGCGAUCGCCUUCGACGCGGUCGGAGUGGCCGUGCUGCUCGUGGGCAUUUUCAGCGACGUGGAGUUCUACGACCUCCUCAUCUACUGCGGGGCCAUCCUCAUCUUCCUGAGCCUCGUCUGGUGGAUCUUCUGGUACACGGGCAACAUCGAGGUGCCCAUGGAGGAGUUGAUGCGCGGUGGGGAGAGCGAACGCGGCGGUCGCGGAGGAGGUGGCGGCGGUGUCGGUGGCAAGGGCACGGGACCCGCGCGCCGAGUCGCGAGUCUCGUGCGAAGCGUGUCGAGCAUCCUGCAGGGUCGGAGGUCCUUCACGAACACUCCGAGAAGGUCGCAGCAGCAGCAGCGCCAGCAGCAGCAGCAGAAUCAACAGCAGCAACAGCAGCAGCAGAUUGACUUGAACGGACUUCAGUACAAGAGCUCGCUUAUAGCGUCUUCGGAGAUGCACCACAACCACCACCGCCACGAGCAGCAGCAGCAGCACCGUCUCCCGAUAGAGCCUCUGCCUGGUGAGUCGUCUUCGUCGGGACGAUCCGUCCCCUCGUCGCCUCCUCUCCCCACGUCGCCUCCUCUCUUCUCGUCGCCCUCGGACGGGCGCUGCGCCUCGCUCCGCGCGGAGCUCGAGGAACGGGGCUCGAAGCCGGCGGCGAGCGGACACGGCGGUGGUGGUGACCUGCAGGGAUGGGACGCGAACGGGAAGUGGCCCGAGGUUUGCUUCAUCUCGCUGGUCGGGCUGCCUUCGGAGAGCACGAGGCUAUGAACGAGGUUGGCUUCUCCAGCCCUCCUCCUCCUGUGCGGGUCUCUUCCGACCGCCAGCAAGGAACGUGGGAGCCGGUCGUCUAGCCCAUCUCAUCUCUCCGACCAAACCCUCAAGAAAUAUUUUUGUUGUUUCUUUUUAAAUCAUGAACUUCGAUUCCGACAACUGGAAGUUACCACACGCCAAGGAGUGCAUCACAUUCCCAAGUUUUGUUUUUGUAUUUACAACGUGAGGAGACGUAAAGUGGCAAAGUAUAAAAAAAAGAAAAUUCCAGAACAAAAAUAACUUUCCUGACUCAUUUACUGUAAAUUCCCGACGUCAGCGAUGGAACCGCUCGUGUUUAUACUGGAAAGUUCGUGACCUAUUGCUGCUCACUCAAUACAGAAACAAACACAAAAACGACUCAAAUAGUUAUCCACAGCUCCUGGAGUCUCACGCAGUUUUGGCGCAGGGAAAAGUGGCCGCAUCCCUCACGUAUUGCAUUUUCGCGCCUUUUUUAUUGUUGUUCAUCAAUCGCCACAAUGUCGUAUGCUACUCGUAAAUAGCCGCACGAUGUUCACGGUCGAACCAAAAAGUGCGGUCCUGCUCCGCCCGCCUGGGUGCCUCUCACGACACCUGCUGGCCACUGUCGCCCAUUGCCCAGAGAGGUUGUUGAUGGCAACUUGGCGCCAAAGUUUGUGGCAGUUGGUGCUGGUGGUUGAUGGUGGCACGGGCAUGCAUUUGGUUGCGCGAAGCAACGAAAGAUGAAUACAUUUCCCUCAGUUAAGCGAAGACUUUUCUCCCAGUGAAGUGAAGACAUUUUCCUUCAAUGAAGUUUAUAAAUUUCCCUCAGUUUAUACAUUUCCCUCCGUUAAGCGAAUACAUUUCUGUCGGUUAAGUGAAGACAUUACCCUCAGUAACGUGAAUAUAUUUCCAUUAGUUAAGUGAAGACAUUUUUUGCUGUCCUUCCCCCGCACCUCCGAUUAGUGUGUAUGGUGUGAAAGAAGUUCAACAUACAUACAUUUCCUUCCCUUAGUUUCCCAACUAAAUCGGUCUAAAUUAAGGGAGGCUUUUGAUAAACGUAUUUGACGUGGCCGGCCAUUAAUCACCUCUUUACGCCACUCGCCUCGCAGCUGUGUAACCUGUGCCAUCGUUGCACUACUCGUUUCCAACCUUAAUCAAUUUCUGGUUGUUCUUCGAGAGAACUACGUUUUAUUUUUAAUUGCAAAAAGCAUUUUUUACACGAUGAGUGUGUGUCUGAAGCUGCAUGCAGCCACGUUUGUGACCAGUGCUCUUGGUGACUAUGUUGUUGCAUGAUGCCUCCAGGCGGCCAUGUUGGUAGCCAGUGCCUCAUGUCACUGUGUUGGUAGCCAGUGCGUCAGGCGGUCAUGUUGGUGGCCAGUGCGUUAGGUGGCCAUGUUGGUGGCCAGUGUGUUAGAUGGCCAUGUUGGUAGGCAGUGCGUUAGGUGACCAUGUUAGUGGCCAGUGCAUCAGGCGGCCAUGUUGGUGGCCAGUGUGUUAGGUGGCCAUGUUGGUAGGCAGUGCGUUAGGUGGCCAUGUUGGUGACCAGUGCGUCAGGUGGCCAUGUUUGUGGCCAGUGCGUUAGGUGGCCAUGUUGGUAGCCAGUGCGUUAAGUGGCCAUGUUGGUGGCCAGUGCUUUAGGUGGCCAUGUUCGUGGCCAGUGGCCCCACAUGGCAUUUUGUUGGCCAAUGCCUCAGGAAGCCAGCCAAGUUGGGGACAAGUACCCCAGGCAAUUAAGUGGUGACCUGGAAAACCAAAAUGACUGGGCCUUGGGUGUAUGGACACAAGGACUGGUGCUGCCUGUGUCGUGCUGUACGUCGGUGUGAUUCCACGAGAUGCAAAUGCUGUAAAAUGGGGCCUUUAACUGCAAAACUAGAUUAAAAUUGUGCCUUAUUAGAAUGAAUAAAAAGCAAUAGUUGUUGUCCUAUGGAAACACUGCUACCCACCAUAGCAUUGUGGAAUUUCCACCACUGGUAAGCGGUACACCACAGUGGAAAAUUAGCACUGCCUCAAUGCUCUUUGAGCAGGGAGACUUUUUUACUUGACUUUGUUUAUAAUAAUGCCGUUAAUAUUUUACAAGUGGUUCGUCACUUGACAAUCAUUCUCACUAUGUGCCUAAGCGUAUCCCCAGGACACCCAUCCCUUCCUUGCAUUGGGUGUUUACGGUUGUCUGAAACCUUCACUUUUGUGAUACUCCGUAGAACUGUAAAGUAUAUUGCACCCUGCAGUUUGCUUGCAACGUGCCGUGCAAUUUGACGGUUUGAGAGGAGCGGGUGUAGGCCCGUAAUCCUGCUUGACGGCAGGCCAUCACGUUCUGUCCUGGCCGCAGCACCAAAUCUGCCAAAGUGUUGUUUUAAAACCUGCGAAGGCAAUCGGCGUUUUUAUCCCCUGCUAGAUGAAGACAUACCUACGCUGUCGCCACCCGUCGUGGUACAUACCGAUGCCAUGAUCCAGCGCCUUCCCCCCCCCCCCGCACACGUGAACCAAUAUCAUCGCUCCCACAUCCACAGUAGUGGUCAUUUGUCCCGUAUGUAUUCUCUCGAUCAUCAGUCUCGAUCCAUCGACCACGAUCGUCCCUUGCAGCCACGAUACGUGUCCUAUCCAAUGUCUAAUAGUCCGCAUGGUGUCUCUCAUUUGUUUUUUUGUUCCUCCGAUCUUAGUACUCCGUCUGUCUGUCCGUUUCAUUUCCGGUAUACGACUGCCCCCCAAAAAUAUGAAUUGGGCUCUUACUGUCAACGGAACAAUCGCCAACACCUGCCUUCUACUUCAUGCCAAUGCUGUCUCGCGCUGUAAAGCAAAGGACUAUACCCUAGUUGACAGGUGGUGCGUUUAAAUACGAGCGAGUAGAAACCCGCACUUAGAGCAAAGUUCUUAGAUAUUUUAGCGUGCUGUGUUUGUAAAACAGUUCGUCUCGAAAUCGUUGUUGCUGCUUCGUUUUACAUCUUUUAGGCACCGUUGUAAGAAAGAAAAAAACCUAAAACUAUCCUGCUGAGAGUUUACAGAAAUCGCGAAUGUCACGUAUUUACCCAGGCAAGCCUCGCAGAGUCUGGAUUUGGGCCUUUUGGCCAAACGAUUUUGUUUUAAAGGAGCGUUUUGCUUUAUGUGGGAUGAAAGUAUCUGGAGAAACCCCACUGUGUGUGUGAGGGUAUGACACUCAAAAGGGCCACACACAUUCAGUGAACUCAGUUGCUGUACUUACACCUUCUGGACACUUUUGAAUCCAGCUGCUUUGGGAUUUUUUUUUUCCAAAUCUCUUUUGGUGUGAUCCACCAAAACCCUCUCCCACCGAAGUGCUGGAAUCAUAUUAAAAACUAAGAAGUGUAUUAUUUAUCUUGCCCAGAGAUUAACGAGUAGUCGUUUUGGAUGGCCGAUUUUCUUUUUUGAAAAAUAGGUUUGUUUGUUUUUUCACGGCACUAACGGCAAGCAUAUGGUACAAGUGAACGCAACACAUCAAGCAACACGAAGGAAGCAGCCAAUAGGUUUGAAAAUAUAUAUAUAGUUUGACCAAAGGCAUCACACGCACACAAAGGUCUUUUCAGACACUCGCACAUCCCAAAUCUAGACGAAUACAAAGAACAGGUGAUGCAGAGCUUUUAAAUGAUAACCAAACAACCACGACACCGUGCCGCUCCUGUUGACAGAGAGGAGGGAGAUGUCACCCGACUCGGAUUUGGCGCCCCAAAUGAAAAUUCCUCCCCGGAAAACCCAAAGAUCUGCGUUGCGUUUUUCGGGGCUGUCGCCGUGCGUGGAACAGCCCGCAAGCACACAUCCUGAGGACUUUUACAGGCACGACAGCGGAAAAAUAAAAAGCUGUGCUAUAUUCCACUCCGUUAAUCUGGGUGAAAGUAGAAAACUUAUUGUAAGAAACUCAACACGAUCGUCAAUACCGCUGUAGCCUUAACGCGUCAAAUAUAUAACGUGGCAACGUUUUGGGUAAUGGCCCUAAUUUAGGGGCUUUGAAGGACUAUUUCGCGAAACGUCACCUAAUGGUUUCCAUUUUAAGACGAUGGUGUUACUGCCGAUGGUGUUGAGUGUUUUUUAUAAUUAAUGAAUUGUCUUGUGCACCGCUGCAGAUCAGCACGCAGUGGCAUCACCGACCAGGUCUAUGGCCUCCAGAAAUGGUCACAGCUGGCUGAGAUAUUUUUUUGGGUGAGCGGUCGAAUUGUGUUCCAUUUGAAAGUCGGGUGACCGUUCGUGAUGGGACGUGCAGGCAAAAUUAUGUAGAGCAAUGGGUGUCAUUCUUAGUCUUGCGUUGUUUUAAGUCGACGGAGUUGUGCCAUGAAUGUUGCUAUAUACUGUAUAUAUAUAUGUGUGUGUAAGUAAAUGGACCAAGAGCUUAAAAGGGUUAAUUCAUGUAAGUCAUUGGAUGCCAGCUCGCGUAUCAUCGUUGAUUGGGGCAGCGUACGACACGGAUGGCUCGUGUAAAUCCUCAUUUAUUUAAGAGUAAUAUAUGUUUGUGUACUGAUGGAAGGAAUGUGAAGGCAAAGCUUAAAUUGGCAAUAAUAAAGAAAUGUUUUAUAUUAUCGGCCGUGGAUUCAUGUUGUUCACUAUACAGAGUGAUGGUUCACGACAGUAUACACAAGUAGCAGUGCGUGUGUUUCUGUGUGUGAGAGAUACUUUGCAGGUAUGUUGCACUUCUUUCACACCGUUCGUACCAACCGCGCUUAUCGGAGCGUCGGGGUUACGGAUAAACAAACGAGUCGCAGAAAAGCUGUCCUAAAGAAAUGAGUUUUCAACAACGCAGAUUUAAAAAGCGCGCACAGCUCCUCCAAGCGGCUUCCGAAUAUCUGAUGGGAGAAGAGCGUUCCAGACG